AUGGAAGAUCUUCAACGUGGCUCGACUAUUCAUCGUCUCAUUUCAUCAUGUAUAAAAGAUGAUUAUUACAUAUCAGCAUCAUUAAUUCAUUUGUAUAUGCAGUGUGGUGAUAUAAUAAAUGCUCUAUUAUUAUUCGAUACAACAACAAAAAAAAACAUUAUCAAUAUAUUUCUUAAAGGUUAUAUAAAAAAUAAUCAACCAAAUAAAGCAAUUGAUCCUUUCAAUGAAAUUAAAAACCCUAAUGAAAUUAUUAUAAAUCUUUUAUUUAAUGCUUCUUUUCUUCUUUCAACUUCUCUAUUUGAUGCAUUGAUUAAAUGUAGUGAUUGUUCAAAUGCAGAAAUAGUUUUUACAAAAAUAACAAAAUCUAUAACUCAUUAUGGAAAUCUAAUGAAUGGAUUUAAUAAAGAAAAUAAUACUUUAAAAACAUUAAAUUUAUUUAAUCAAAUGAAACUUGAUGGUUUUGUAUUAGAUUUAAUUAUUUAUCUUUGUGUUCUAAAGGCUUUAUCGAAAAUUGGUGAUGAGUCAAUAUGUCAAAGUAUAGUUAAACAAAUUCCUUAUUCUUUUCUUGUUGAUAAUAAUAUUCAAAAUGCAUUAAUCGAUAUGUGA